AUGGUUUUUAGACGAUUGUUCCCAAGACCAAUAAAUAUUAAAGGGGACGCUUCCAUGAGUAUCAGUUGUGUUUCCCAUCCUAAUAUGACGUUCACUGAUAUUGUAAAAGAUAAGUUGUCGUUUCUGAAGAGUAAAUUCUACUUUAAAACUGGUGAGAUAGAAAUAAUCGAAACACCGUACGAUUUCUAUGAAUGCCUGAAGACCCGUAUUUCGCUUGCAAACGAUAGAAUAUUCCUAGCAUCUCUUUAUCUAGGAAAGACCGAGGAAGAGCUUAUCAAGUGUAUUGGGGAUGCCCUAAAAGCUAAGCCGGACCUUAAGGUACACUUCCUGAUCGAUGGCUUGCGUGGAACACGUGAAACUCCUAAAACAUGUUCUGCUUCUUUAAUUGCACAAUUAGCGAAGGAACACGGUGAGAGGAUCAAUAUUAGGCUCUACAAAACCCCUGCAUACGUAGGCUGGAAGCGCUGGCUAAUUCCCAGUCGAUUCAAUGAAGGAAUUGGCCUACAGCAUAUGAAAAUAUAUGGAUUUGACAAUUCUGUGAUAUUAUCAGGAGCAAACCUAUCUUCCGAUUAUUUCAGCAACAGACAGGACAGGUACUACUUGUUUAACUCCACUGCAUUUAGUAAUUACUAUUUCAAAUUACACCAGUUGAUAUCGAAAAUGAGCUACCAGGUGACUUACUCAGACAGCAUACAAAAAUACAAAGUAUCGUGGCCAGCUUCAAAUAUCAGCACUGAACCAAGAGCGAAUAGGAGAAAGUUUAUCCAUCAAUCAUCUGCAAUAUUGUCCAAGUUUUUGCUUGAGGACCACGGCGAGGUUAUUGAACAGUCGUCCGAAGCUCCGAAUGACUAUCCUACCGUGGUUUAUCCAAUCUCGCAAUUUACGCCUCUGUUCAAACCCUUGGAAGACAAAUCUACUGAGAAAAAGAGCAUUUUAAAACUACUAUCUUUAUUGAAUUCCCCAUCAAAUGAAUGGGUAUUCACUGCGGGCUAUUUCAACAUAUUACCCGAGAUCCAGGACAGGUUGUUAGGGAAAAACUCCUCGCCUGGUAAAAUAAUCACAGCAUCUCCUUUUGCCAAUGGAUUCUAUAAAUCAAAGGGGGUCUCCAAGCACCUCCCGGCAGCCUACCUUUACUUAUCCAAAAAAUUCUUACAAACUGUACAUAAACUCGGUAAGGAUAGCUAUGUAUCCUUGUAUGAGUGGAAAAAGGGCAUUGUAAACGAGCCGAACGGAUGGUCGUAUCAUGCCAAAGGUAUAUGGCUAACUGCUAACAAACAGGCGGAUGACAGACCUUCUGUCACUGUAAUUGGCUCAUCCAACUAUACAAAAAGAGCCUAUUCAUUAGACUUGGAGAAUAAUGCAAUAGUAGUUACCGAGGACGAUCACUUGCGGUCUGCAAUGAAGCAAGAGGUUGAAAACUUAUUUUCAAAUACCAAGCUUGUAACUCUAGAUAAUUUCGCCAAAGAAGAAGAUAGAAAGGUAAAACUAGGAGUGAUUGCUGCGACUAAGAUACUAGGAAAGGGACUCUAG